AUGAUUAUUAUGCAAACUUCUUCUACCUUUUGCGCUUUUCUUCUACUUUGCCUUAAGUAUUCAGUAACAUCCACGACAGCCAAUUUUACGAUUACAACCUUAUGGAAUUCGACUUUGAUUACAACUCAUUCACCUGUUCAAAUUUCGCUAUCAUCGGUCACCAAUAGAAGCGACCUUAUUAUUGAAAUUGAUGCUCCAUUUUUUCACGAUCCCGCUCCUGCAAUGACACCUCCAGGGCCAUUUCCAGAAUUGUGGAAUUACGAAGUUGUCGAAGUCUUUCUCUUAUCAUCAUCGACAAACCAUUAUAUCGAAUUAGAAUUUUCUCCUCAUGGCCAUUAUAUCGUUCUCCUUCUAGUUGAUCAACGAAAACUCCUUAAACAGCUAUUACCAUUGCCUGAAUAUCGCGCGACAAUACUGUCAGAAAAUCGAUGGGUUGGCCGAGCUUAUAUACCUCGUGCUCAUCUUCCAGGACGCAUAGAUCGUCUCAAUGUGUUUGCUAUUCAUGGGCAAGACGAAAAUCGUUCCUACGAAGCAUUGUAUCCAGCACCAGCUGGAAGUGCUAAACCAGAUUUUCAUCGUUUAGAAUUAUUUCAACCAUUUGAUUUCGAUCAACUACUUGACCCAAGUGAAAAAGAUGGUGCCAGCUGGCAAAACCAUGCCUCUCGUCCAAUCGCUUUUUCGAUCUUCCUACCAAUAUUGUUUCUUCAGGUGCCAUUCCACCGGACAGUACUAUUUUAG